AUUUACGUAGAUUUACUUACUGUCAUAUCUCUUCCUCCAUUCAAAGAAGCCCCAUUGUAUUUUCCAUCCAUUCCAUAAAGACUGAAGAGGAAGAAUUUUCGUUACAGUUGCAGUUGUGUAGGCUCACUGUUGAACCAUAUGACUUCAGAGUCAUAGUCACUUAAAUCCAACCAUGGUAAGAACAGAAACUCCCAAGGAAAGCUCACCCCCCAGUUCAGAAAUACCGUUAACAGAAAACAGGAGAAAAUCAUUGAAAUUAGCUCAUGAUUUAGAUAAAAUUGAUAUAUUACGAACUCAAGACAUCUUAACUACUGACGAUGUCGAAUUCAAGAAUCUGUUAUUACCUGAGUUCAUUUUACGCGGGUUAACGGCUGCUAAUUUUUAUCGACCCUCUCCUAUUCAGUUGCGGUCAAUACCACUUCUGCGCCUUGGCUUAGAUCUCAUUGUGCAGUCCAAAGCUGGUACUGGAAAGACAUUAGUUAUAACUUUAGCUGUACUAGAAACGGUGAAUUUAAAAAGCAAAAGACUGCAAGUUAUUGCUGUAGCUCCUACCCGAGAAAUAGCUCUUCAAACAAAACAUUUUAUCUCUAUUGUCAGUGCUGACAUAGCAGUGAGAACAGAAGUAUUUAUUGGUGGUACAUCUGUGAAGGAAGACAAAAAAAAUUUAUUGGGAUGCCAAGUAGCAAUUGGUACACCCGGACGUUUGAAUAGUCUAAUCGAAAGUGGAGACAUGUCUCUUUGCCAUGUAAAACUAUUUGUCUUGGAUGAGGCAGAUAAGCUUAUGGAAAAGUCAAUUUUUUCUCAAGUCAAGUCUAUAUCUAAAUUGCUGCCUGCAAGUAAACAGACAAUUUUGUGCAGUGCAACAUUCCUACAACCAGUUAAAGAGUAUGUAGUAAAGCACAUGAAGGAGCCAUUUUGGGUCACACCUGAGAGAGCAAGCCGCCUACAGCCUGGCAAUUUUGACCAGCAGAAAUCGUCCCAAACAGUUUUGUUGGGUGUAACACAAUUCUUCAAAGAAGUACCUAACCACAGCCAAAUUGUCAGAAAAUUAAAGUUUAAACUAGAAGAAAUUCUGGAAAUAUUGUCUGGUCAUUCUUUCACCCAAUGUAUAAUAUUUUCUAAUUACCAAACCAGGGCAGAGACCAUUUGUCAUCAACUUGUGUCUAAUGGUUGGCCAGCAAUUAGUGUUAGAGGCCAGGAUGAACAAUCUCACCGAACUGCCACCCUAACAUCCUUCAAGGAAUUUCAGUCCAGGGUCCUUUUGACCACUGAUGUUAUGUCAAGAGGGGUUGAUUUCAGAGGUGUUGACUUAGUGAUUAAUUUAGACAUCCCAUAUGAUUCUGCUACCUAUCUUCACAGGAUGGGCCGGGCAGGCCGAUUUGGUUCUUAUGGCUGUGUUAUAACUCUUGCUUCAAAGGGAGAAGAAGUUGAAGCAUUCAGGAAAAUUUUAUCUGAAAUAAAUGACGCAACAGUCUAUGCUUUGCCUUCAGACUUAAGCCUCAUCAAAAAAGAUGGUCAAUUUUUAGACAUUGUUUUUGGACCCUCUCUCAGUGUACUAGAUAACCCUUCAGAAAAUAAUGGGGAGGUAAAUGAACCACAUUCUCCUGAUGGUGUUGGCCCAGAAGUUCAGAAAACUGAUAGCAGUACCAAUGUGGAGAAGGUGGAGAUGAAAACUGAAGUACAAAAUCUUAUUGAAAUCAAUGCUGAGUCUGCUGAAACCAAGUCCCUGUCAAACUUGAAAGAAGGAAACCCAGGCAGGGAAAUUCCUAAGUCUUCUUCUGAAAGCACUCAAAAUGUUGUAGUUGAAGGAUAUUGUCUUAAGACUGUCAGCCAACAUGGGCCCAAAGCAAUAGAGUGUGAUAGUCGAAAGGAUGAAGCUAUUCAGCAAGCUUCUGCUCAGCUGAAUGAAGUCUUGUGUAUGUCAAAGCGGAAUGUGAAUGUAGGACUUCGUUCUCUUGAAGAGUUGGAAGAAAACUACACCCAUUGGAUUGCUGGUAAUAAUAAGGAUUAUAGUAGAGAAGUUACAUCUUUAACGAAUGAGCUGAAGAUUCCAGAUUGGUGGGCAUCUGCCAAUCUUGUUUUGACUGCUGCCAAGUUACAGUUACAAGAGCUGAAAGAGAGUUCAGUUAGUAGGUCCAAUCUCAAUGAAUUAGUUGGUAAUUACUCAUCAGAUUCAUCUGAAGAACGGGGUAGUGAAAGAGUCCAGGAAAAAAUCACUAAAAAAGUUUGUGGGAAGAAAGAAAAAAAAUUGAAAGGUGGUUCUUAUCAUAAGAAGUCAAAAAGUAAAGCUGAUACUCAUUGCUCUGGUUUGUCAUCUCAAAACAAUAGAGAGACUUUGGAACUUCAGGGAUCUACAUGGCUAUGGGAUGAGAGCUCAAAGCUGUACUACUUGUGGGACUCUUCUCUUUCUGUCUACCAUUUGUAUAAUCCAGAGUUAGAAUGUUAUUUUAAGUGGGAACCUGGGACAGAUAGAUAUUUUAAAUGGGACAAUCUCUUACAGGAAUAUAGAUUGUGGGAUUAUGCUUCAAACUGCUACUGUGGCACAAAAGAGACCACAUCCAAAGAAGCUAAAUCAAAAUUCCUCUCUGCCAACUCAAACAAAAACACUGAAAGCACGGGACAUGUGUACAACCAAAAUUAUGUUCAAUGGUUCUCUCUUUGGAACAAACAUUUAAGGCAGAUGGGCUGGCAGGUUUAUCAAGUAGAGUAUUUGAACAAUUUGUGUCACAAAUUCCAUAAUCUCUAAUGUCUCAUGUUCAUGUUGUGUCUCAUGCCUUCUGGCAUUUGUGUAUGUGAGGUACUUCCCUCUUCAGUUUUGAAGAGCAUUCAUCUAAUAGGAAUAAGUAUUUUUUUUUUUAUUUUCCAUCUUUUUCAAUAGAACAAGAAUUUCAAAAAAUGUCUACAGUGAAAAUUGUCAUAAGAUGACAUUUAUCUAUGGGAAAGUAAUGCUGAAAUUUAACAGACAUAAAAAUCAUGGUCAAAAGAAUAUUGUAAAGCUUUGGUUUUCUCUGUGUUUUGCCCGUAGUUGUACUGCACACAGAAAUCAAAGAACAUCUUAGAUAUUUAAAAAAAAAUGUAUCUUAAGUGGCUGAAGACAAGCUAAUACUUGAACUCUAUGCUAUGAUUAAUAUGUUUGUUUACUCUACUAAUGAAAAAUGUUGGGCAAAGGGGAUAUGUAUUACAAGGCAAAUCUAAGGCAGAAUAGGGCUUUGGUUAAAAGUAUUUACUUUAGGAUUUUGAUUGCUCCAAUAGGUUCCUAUAAACCCCACCGUGCUUUCAAAACAAUUCAUGUGGAGCAAGAAAUUAUGGUUUAAUAUUCCAGCUGUUGGGCUAGGGAGCAAAGUCUGCACAUAGACAAUGGGAUAGAUCAGAUUAAAUGAUGAACUACAGACAAAUAAUGUGCAAUGAAUGUUUUUGGAAUGUUUCUAAUAUAUUUCUCUAACAGCUUUCUAUGUGAAAGAUUACUAGUAAAUGUAACUGAAAAAUAAAACAGCGGAAUGUUCUAUCAGAAAA